AUGUGGCAUGCUAAAGGUCUUGCUAUCAUUGCUAGUUUCUUGGGUAAACCUCUUAUGUCUGAUAAACUCACUCUUUCUAGACAGAGAAUGGGAUAUGCUCGAGUUUGUGUAGAAAUUUAUGCCUCUUGUGAGUUCCCCUCAAUGAUUCCUAUCAUUAUUGGUGGUAAGCGUAUUGAAAUUCCAGUUGAAUAUCCUUGGAAUCCCCCAAGAUGUACUUUCUGUAGCAUCUUUGGUCAUUCUCUUGCGAGGUGUGUAAAGAAACCUAGAGAUGUUUCUCCUCAGCCUAAUCCUGAAGUUAUUGUUCCUAUCCCCGAGGUUCCUAAAGAAGUUUGGGUUAAGAAAACUCCGAAAAGACCCAGAAUUAAUGGUCAUAAAAAAGAGGAUAGUAUUGUUGGAACUUCUUCAACUGCAGAAGAAAUCAUUAUGGAAGAAGUACCUAUUGUUGUAUCGGGAUCAGUUAAGGAGAAGGUUAUUCAAUUCUCUAUGGGUUCCAUCCCUAGUCUAGGUAAUUCUUCUUCUAUAGUCACUGUUCCAGUUACUACGAUGAAUAAAUUUGACGUUUUAUCUGAUAAGAAUGGAGAACCUGUGGCGAGCGAUUUCAACUAUAUUUUAGAGGUUUCUGAUAGAUUAAGUAAAGCCACAGCUCAUGCUUCACAAUUCUCUGAUUUUUGGAAUUGCACUCAAAAUGCAAGUUUAUUUGAUCUUUCUUAUACUGGUAAUUACUUUACUUGGAAUAAUCAACAACUUGGUGUAGAUAGAGUUGAGGCUAAAAUUGAUCGUGUUCUUAUUGACUUUGAGUGGCUCGUUGAAUUUCAAGACUCCUCGGCUGAAUUUCUUCUCCUGGGUAUUUCAGAUCAUAGCCCUAACGUUGUUACUUGUUUUGAAGGUAGAUUUCAUGGCCCCCCACCUUUCAGAUUUUGUAAUUUCCUUUCCGAGGACCCUGAAUUCCUUGAUAUUAUUAGAAGAGAAUGGAUUGUGCAUGUUAGAGGAAAUCUUAUGGUAGUUUUAUUUUCUAAACUAAAAAGAGUUAAAAAGAUUUUGAUUGCUUGGAGGAAAAGGAAAUUUGGUAAAUUAUCUUUGCAGACUAUUGAAGCUAAAAGAAACAUGUUGGAUCUUCAAGCCCAGCUGCAAGUGAAUCCUCUUUGUAGCUCUACUGCCAGUUAUGAAAGAGAAGUUGUUCGUGCUUAUGCCAAGUUAGCCAGAUGUGAUGCUUCGCUUGCCAAACAACAGUCCAAAGUUAAAUGGAUGGAGGAAGGAAAUUUCAAUGUUAAGUUCUCUCACAAUUCUAUCAAAGAGAGAAGCUCUGGUGUGAAGUUAGAUGAUGAUAGAACUAUUGCAACCGAAUGUGUUCAGUUUUAUCAAGAUCUAUUUAAUAACACUUCAGUUGCUUUUAAUUGUCCUAAUGUGUUAGAUGAUAUUCAUUUUGAUAAAGUGCUUCUUGAUUCUGAUGCUAUGAAUUUAGUUUCUCCCGUUAUCAGAGAUGAAGUUGUCCUUUCUCUUGCUUCUAUUGACUCAUGCAAAUCCCCAAGACCGGAUGGCUUCACUAGUCAAUUUUUCAAAGAUGCUUGGGAUGUUGUUGAUGAUGAUUUCGUGGCAGCUAUCAUCAUUUUUCUUUUUUAA